AUGCUGAAAGAAACCGGCUCUGUUGAGCACCCCGAAGACAACUGUUCAUCCUCCUGUCAGACGAGGAACGGAGUACUUGAUUCAGAUGUGGCUUUGGAGACAAUCACCGAAUCUGUGAACGGUCGGCCGGCAAACCAAGGCUACACUCGAAAUGAGCUCAUGGAAGAAGAGUUCAGCAUUGAAAGAGAUCGGUUGUAUGCUCAAAUGGAGGUACUUCGAAAGCAAAUGGAGGAUGCAAAGAAGCAAACUCAACUGGCACUGGGCACCAUUCAAAAGCUUUCGAACCCACUUCCAGCAGAACUCUUACCAAUCGACACAAAAGCAUACUCGACAUGCCUAGCAGGACCAUGGCUCCGGGAGCUUUACCAGAGUAUUGAAGAGCUGGUCGACAAGGUUCGAGCCACCACAGAUGAGGUAGUCGAGUUAUUUGAUAGAUCUGAGGGCAUGCGGUGA